AGCUAUCUUUUAUUUUUGUCCAUAAUACUCGUUUUUUUGUUAAUUGAGAGUGCAGUUGGAGGCACAAAGCAAAUGCCAUCAAGAAAAAAAUCAGCACUUAAAAACACAAAAAAGCAAGGAAGGCGAUUCUACAUCGUCAAGUGUUGCGGUCACGCGACAUGCUUACCUCGGAGCUUAAAACGAACUGUGUCAACCGUAUCAAGAUUAAGUUCAUUUAAAAACAAAACCAGCACAUUUUCAGCAGAAAAAACGGAGGAAGCAACGAAUCCAACAGAAAGUAGCUCUGAAAGUCAGAUAGCAUCGGAGAACAUUGUCACCGAUGGCCCUGUGACCGACUCGACCACAAGUGAAUUGGAAACAUCCAGUGCAAAUAUUCCUACCGAAUCAGGCCCUCUUACAUCCGACAUUACUACAGAGUUUCAUGCAUCAACGAGCAGUAUAAUUGUCACCAGCAUGGCCACACUUCCUCCGACAGACAUCAUUUCUGGUCCAUCAACAUCCGCCGAAUCGACAACAGCAUCAACUACAAAUAAUUCACCGGAAUCUAGCUCGACAACAAUCAAUACUCAAUUAGAAUCAAGCCCUACCACCACAGUAGGAUUAACUACGAGUACUUCUACAGCAACCUCCACGUCCUCCACCAGUACUUCCACAGCAACCACGACCAGUACUACUUCCACAAAAACCUCAACCAGUACUUCCACAAAAACCUCAACAAGUACUCCCAAACCAACUUCAACCAGCACUUCCACAACAGUGACAACGACUACUACAAAGCCUAGAAAUCUACAGUGUGAGGCUUCAAGAUGCGCGAAUCUCACUUUUAAUUCAACAAUAACAACUGACGCCGCCCUUCAAAUGCGAAAGCAAGGAAAAGUAAUAAUAAAGAGCGGAAAAACGUACUUGAUGAUGCCAAAUGCAGAAACUCAAGCACAGGCGGCCAAAAACUGCUUUACUUGCAACAUGUCCCUCAUCGCCAUUCAAAAUAUUACAAAACUCCCAAUUUUCCAGCAAAUUAUGAACAAUUUGAACAUUUUAAAUAUUUGGACCGUGGGAUCGAAUGAAGGAAACGGCUCUUGCGUGAAUUACGAUUUGAAAUUUGCUUGGUGUCCGACGAACGUGGACAUUCCUGUAGCAAUUUCGGACAAAGUGAAUGGAUCCAAUUUGGCAGCUUUGGCGCAGAAAGCUUUGGCUUUGGACGGCACGCUUGCUUAUUUAUUGGCAAUCCCUUCUAUUACAAAGCUGCCGUAUUUGUGCGAACUGAAUAAUUUGCAAACGGAUACAUGCUCAGCAUUGAUUUGCGGAAGAAAUAAUUCGCUAUUUGAUGCAAAUGGAAACUUAAAAGAUGGAGAAAAAUCAGGAAAGUGGAUCAACGUCUGCAACAAGAAUUAUCUUUUUUCUAAUAAACUUGGAACGUGGCAGCAGAGUUGGGACACGUGUUGUAGCCUCGGCAUGCGUCCCGUUUGGUUUCAGGACGCGUCCGACAUGGCGUGUCUUACGAACGCGACCAAAAGCAACUGGACGUUGAAUUACAAUUACUGGACGGCCGGGCGUGCGCAGGGGUCGUGGGGUCAGUGGGCCUUUUGCGCCCCCGGCGGCCCCCUCACCCUGCCCGACUCGCUCUCGUGGGCGGCCGGACAGCCGGACAACGCCAGUCCGGACGAAUUGUGUCUGCACAUGCAGGUCGGCAAAAAUGGAGCCAAUCUCACGCUCAACGACCGGAACUGCUCACACAAAUAUGUCAUCGCAUGUCAGAGUGCGACGAAUCUAGCAUCACUUUGUGCAAUGCCAAGCUGCCCCUCAAAUUGCUCGAAAAAUGAAACGCUCUUUACCGGAGAUAAAUUGAGCAAUCUCUUUGUACACGGUCAAUGGAACUCAGGAUGCGGGAAAGAAUAUUUAUUUUCAUCAAAACAACUGAAUUGGGCAGAUGCUUGGACAUAUUGCUGUUCUAUCGGGAUGAAACUGACCUCAAUUGAGGCUGUGAAUGAGCUGCAAUGUUUGACAAAUAUGGUUGCAAAAUACCCUAAAGCAGCUUAUCCAGAUCAAACUGGGAGGGAUUUUUGGACUUCAGGGAGCAACGCAGGUUGCCCAGGUCCGCAAUUUUGGUGCUCGGAAAACGACAAGUUAAUAAAAGACGAAAUCGCCAAUUGGAAAGACGGAAAAUUCCCGACGGAAAAAGCGGAAAUGUGCAUCUUCUUAAAUCUUUCGAACACAACCGUGAACGAAACGUACUUGGGGGAAGAAAGUUGCACUGUGGAAAAACCUUUUGUUUGCGAAACGUUCCAAGCUGGAAACAAAUCCAUUCAAAUUCAACGAACGUGUCAGGAAAUUUGGAACGUGACUGACCAAGAAGUCGUUUCGAUUAUAAUGAAUGCAAAGGCCGACGUCACAAGCCAGAAUCGAAACCUGAAAUGCUAUAUCAGAUGUUGUGGGAAGAAGUCAAACAUGAUAAAAAGUGGAGGAAUGGUUUCGGAUCAAAUUUUGCGUGGCCUAGAAGAUCAGACUGCCAGCGAUCCAUUGGCAAUGCAGGGUGCGUUUGGAACUUUCGACUCCUGUUCCACAUUGAACAACAACGACGAAUGCGUGACCACGGCCAAAAUUUUCCAGUGUGGAAAAAAUAACGCUCCAGAGCUUACGAUUGGACUUGUUUCUUUAAACAAAGGCGACGCUGCCGUGGCAUCGUCUGCAACUGGAGGUAUUGUAACAGCAUAUCGAGUUUGUGCCCUAUUUCCUUCUUGCACACCAGAUGCAACGCAAAUAAAUCAACUUAAAACUACCGGUGCAUUGUCAUCAGGAGGAAAUAUACUAGCCUCAUCAACAGGAAAAAAGUACUUAUGGAAGUACAUUGUUGGAUGGACUUUGGCACAAGCCCAAGCACAGUGUUGCGCAAUUGGAGCAAAUCUUGCAACAUUUGAAACAUUGGCCGACUUCAACGCGUUUACAAAAAUAAUUCCAGCAAUGUCGGGCAGCUGGGGUUUUAUUGGUCUAACUUUUGACAAUGGCGACGGCACGGAUAGUUGGUGCUCAACUUUCAAGAAACUGCCGGUUGGGAUGAUCACGGACAUUGAUCUUUACUACAGAACCAAAGCGUAUCCCAAUCAAAUUUACUUUACCGAGACCGGCCUCGUUUUAUCUGUACCUGGAGUCGGAGCUAAUUUCGUCAUAUGCGGACCUUUGCCUUAUUAAUGAAGUACGUUUAUUCGCCUCAAGAGAAUUGGAAUAAAAUUAAAUUC